AUGAGCCGCCAGUUUAACUAUUACCCUGCUGGGGAGCGCCUGGGCUUCAGCGGCUGCUCAGCUGUCAUCUCCGGCCGAGUCAGCAGCAGCUCUGCCUCCUUCAGGGCCGGGGUCAAGGGCUCGGCCGCCUUUGGCACUAAGAGCCUCUUCAGCAUGGUGGGCAGUCGGCGCAUGUCCAUUAGCGGUCGGGGUGGCAGCUAUGCGCUCAGCCAGGGCUCCGGUGGCUGCAGUGGCCGCGUAGGUGGUUUCGUGGGCACAGUCUUUGGCAGCACAGGGCUGGGACCUGCGUGUCCGUCUGUGUGUCCACCUGGGGGUAUCCCUCAGGUCACAGUCAACAAGAGUCUCCUGGCCCCCCUCAACGUGGAGCUGGACCCGGAAAUCCAGAAAGUGCGUGCCCAGGAGCGGGAGCAGAUCAAGGCAUUGAACAACAAGUUUGCUUCCUUCAUCGACAAGGUGCGGUUCUUAGAGCAACAGAACCAAGUGUUGGAGACUAAGUGGAACCUGCUGCAGCAGUUGGACCUGAACAACUGCAAGAACAACCUGGAACCCAUCUAUGAGAGCUUUAUCAGCAACUUACGGAAGCAGCUGGAGACGCAAUCAGGAGACAGGGUGAGGCUAGACUCAGAACUAAGGAACAUGCAGGAUUUGGUGGAAGACUACAAGCAGAGAUAUGAGGUAGAGAUUAACAGACGCACAGCUGCUGAGAAUGAGUUUGUGGUGCUCAAGAAGGACGUAGAUGCUGCCUACACAAACAAGGUUGAGCUCCAGGCCAAAGUGGACUCCUUGACAAAUGAGAUCAAGUUCUUCAAGUGCCUCUAUGAAGGGGAGAUUGCUCAGAUCCAGUCCCACAUCAGUGACACAUCUGUUAUCCUGUCCAUGGACAACAACCGUGAACUAGACCUGGACAGCAUCCUUGCUGAGGUCCGCACCCAGUAUGAGGACAUUGCCCUGAAGAGCAAGGCCGAGGCUGAGGCCCUGUAUCAGAGCAAGAUCCAGGAGCUCCAGGUAUCAGCAGGCCAGCAUGGUGAUGACCUGAAACUCACCAAGGCUGAGAUCCUAGAGAUCAACCGGCUCAUUCAGAGGAUCCGCUCAGAGAUUGGGAAUGUGAAGAAGCAGUGCUCCAACCUGGAGACAGCCAUUGCUGAUGCAGAGCAGCAGGGAGAUUGUGCCCUGAAGGACGCAAGGGCCAAGUUGGAUGAGAUGGAGAGCGCCCUGCUCCAGUCCAAGGAGGAGCUGGCCCGGCUGCUGCGUGAGUACCAGGAGCUGACCAGCGUGAAGCUGGCCCUGGACAUGGAGAUCGCCACCUAUCGCAAGCUGCUAGAGGGCGAGGAGUGCAGGAUGUCUGGUGAAUAUCCAAAUUCUGUGAGCAUCUCUGUCAUCAGCAGCACCAACGCCGGGGCAGGUGGGGCAGGCUUCAGCCUGGGUUUUGGCUCCUCGAGCAGUUACAGCUACAAACCUGCAGCCACCGACGUCAAAACCAAAGGCAGCUGUGGCAGCGAAUUCAAGGAUCCCCUUGUUAAAACCUCGGGCAGCAGCUGUGGAACAAAAAAGGCCUCCAGAUGAAGGGCAGCAGAAGGCU